AUGACGACUGCGGUCCAGCAUCUUGAUGCAAGGCCGACGCCGAUGCGACCACUUAGUGUGAAUGGGCUGAUCGGGAUGGAAAUGGACGUUGACCGACGCUCAAUAUCCCCGGCCACUAAUGGGGUCAAGUUCGGCAGUGGUCCGAAGAAAGGCGACACACGGAUUGUCGUCAUCGUGUAUGGUCAAGGCCAGGAAAAGAUCGUGUCAGUGUUCGCUGAUGUGCUGGGAAAGUCGUACCGACUGGCCGAUGGAUUUCAGAAUGUAUCUUCGGCGGACAGGGAUGUUGUGGUUGGAAUAGCGGCGGAAAAGGCUAAAGAGGAUAUCUCGAUUCGCGCAAAGAGCCUCAUGGUCGCCAUCAACGCUCACUGUGUCGGCCUAGGCAUGCCGCCAGACUUGCAGUUGUCGGCCGACUGUGAUUACGAAUUCAUCUACACCGAGUCCCCUUUCUUUCGUCGCGAUCUUUCACGAUUUACGUCUUUCGUCCUCGGUCAAAUCAACCACCAUGAAGCGUUGAUGGCAAAGGCGAGGACGUACUUUAUUUCAACGACCUUCCCAGACGUACACGCUGCGCUACCAAAUAUUGACAUCCUUACUGUUGGUGCUGAUGCUGUGGAGCUACGUGUCGAUCUUCUGAAGGAGCCUCUCAGUGAUGGGACAUUCGCACCAAUGCCUAGUCUCAGCUACAUCGGCGAACAACUCAUGUUACUGCGGCAGAGAACUGAGCUACCACUGAUUUUCACCACUCGAUGUACGAAAGAAAAUGGUCGGUUCCCAAUGGACAAUCCUGAAAUACAAUACGAGUAUCUGUACCGCGCAAUACAGUGGGGUGUCGAGUACAUCGAUGUUGAAAUCUGGCUACCAGAAGAUGUUCGCAGGAGGCUUUGGGAACAAAGGGGUAGUAGCCGCAUCAUGUCGGCCUUCCACGACUUUUCAUUCACGUUCAAGUGGCCCUCGGUUCAAGCACAGUCUAUUUUCCUCGAGUCGCGCAAAUAUGCCGACAUUGUGAAGAUGAUCGCAUUCAUCAACGAACACAAUGAAAACUUUGAGCUUGAGUACUUCCGAUCCAAAAUUCGGGCAGAGUAUCCUGACGCCCCUCCCCUCUCCUUGAUCAAUAUGGGCGAGACCGGCCAGUUCUCUCGAACUUUGAACAAGGUUUUUACACCGAUUACUCACCCAUUGCUGCCUAUCAUUGCAGCCCCAGGACAGAUGAGUGCUGCAGAGAUUAAUGCUGCCUUGUCACUAUUGGGUCAAUUGCCAAAAAAGAACAUAUAUGGUAUCACCAGUCCAUCGUCCCGGGUUGCUACGCCACAAGCACCGUUUUACGAAAAAUGUUUCAACGAACUUGGCCUUCCACACCAGUUUGCCGCCGUGGAAAGGCAGGCGCGAGGUCCAUCAUGCGUCGAAGCCUGGUGUAACCAAAAGGCUUUUGGUGGUGCCUACUUGAGCCCACCCGUAUCUUACUCUAGCUUGAUGCACAACAGCACUGUUUUCUCGCGGCUUAGAAACGGAGCUGGGCCUAUCCUUACGGAAGCAGCUCGACUCAUCGGUAUGAUUGACACAAUCGUGGUACGGUCAAGCUCGAAUGCUACCCCUGAAUCAGCCCCAGCUUCAAUUCCAUCGAGCCCUUCUAGGAAUGGAGAUUACAGUCAUAGAAGUAUGCAGUAUUCUUACGCUGGUCUCCCUCCUAACUCAUCUCUGGUGUUUGAUAAUGCGACUUGGCGUGGAAUACUCGGCACAUUGACCCGCGACCUGGCACCCUCGGCGUACUUGGGACGCACAGCACUCGUAGUGGCAUCAAGCUCAGAUGACGCAGCUUCAGUCAUUUUCGCUUUGAAAGCUCUCCAAGUAGACAAAGUAUACACUGUUGGCUUUAAAACGCCAGUGGCUCUCUCUCGGGGAAUGACCAUUGAGCCCUUUAACAGCCUGGAGAGCCUGCAAAGAGCCCGCAUGGUUGGAGACGAUGCGAGCCCCUUCGUUAUUGUAUCUGCACUUGGUCCCGAGAAGAGCAACAUCGUUGGUAUGCUUCUCCGUGUAUUCGGCGGCACGAGGAGUCCAACGUCAACGAAUACGCGAAAAGUGUUCCUCGAUCUUGCAGAUGGACCACGAAAAGGUGACCCAGGCAUCAUUGCCGAACAGAGUGGUUUCGCCGCAUACGGGGUUGCGGAUGUUGCAGCAUUCACGACCGUUGAAACUUUACGGCAACUGGUCGGCCAGAAUGUGCCGUAUAGCUUUGUUCGCCUGGCUAGUGGACGGGGUAUUUUUUAA